ACAGUAUCAAACAGUAAAUAGUAGGGUGUCGUGAAGUCUUUUUUUGAAAAAAUAUUGAAUCAAAUGAGUUAUUCAAAUUAUAAACCUAAACGGAGUAAAUCUAUUGAACGAGAUCGAAGAAAAAUUUCUGAAGAUUGUGAUUCACAUGAAUUAUUGAGUCAUCAAGAAAAAAAACAACGUAGAAACAAUGAUGGUCCAAACUCUAGAGCAUCAAAUAAACCCUCACAAACAAUAUCAGAAGAAAAGAAUGAAAAAAAUAAUAGCUUUUCAUUUAUAAAAUUUCGGUAUGAACUAAACAAAGUUUUUAUUGCUAAUCCUUUUUUGAUUCAAGAUCCAGAAGAUUUUUGGGCUUUUGUUAAAAAAUAUGAAGCUCUUCAAGCUAAGCUUGAAAAAUCUGGGGAAAGUACUUCCAAAAAUUUCGAAUUAAAUUCAAUUGGUAUUCCCAAGGAGUUUCAUAAAAGUUAUUGCAUCAAUUUAAAAAUUAAUAUCAAAUCCGAUGAAUUGUUUGCUAGAGUUCCUCCAAUUGAAGAGCUAAAUGAAGUUAAACUGACUAAAUUUAAGGAAAUAAUUGUUUUGUACUUAGAUUUUAAACAAAAAGAAAAAUUUUCAAAAUUGAAAAAGCUCAGAGAAAGUCAAGAAAAUUUGCCUGUGGCGAAAUAUCGUGAUGAAAUAGUGGAAGCUGUGAAAAAUGAAAAAGUAGUGAUAAUUGCAGGUGAUACAGGAUGUGGUAAAUCAACACAAGUUCCUCAAUAUUUAUAUUCUGCAGGUUUUGGAAGAAUUGCUUGUACUCAACCACGAAGAAUAGCUUGUAUUUCUUUAGCAAAACGAGUUGCAUUUGAAACAUUAACAGAAAAUUUGAAUGAAGUAGGAUAUCAAAUAAGAUUCGAGAAACAAAAAAAUCAACAGACCAGAAUUUUAUUCAUCACAGAAGGUUUACUUCUAAGACAAGUAUCUGAUGAAACUGGAUUAUCUCAAUAUGAUGUGAUAGUUCUCGAUGAAAUUCAUGAGCGACAUUUGUAUGGGGAUUUUUUAUUAGGAAUCAUGAAAUGUCUGAUUCAUCAGAGAUCUAAUAUGAAACUUGUUCUGAUGUCGGCGACAAUAAAUAUUCAAUUAUUCAGCAACUAUUUUUCCAAAGAAGAUGUUCGAGUUAUUCAAGUUCCUGGUAGGUUAUAUUCCAUUCAGUUGAUGUAUCGACCUGCUGGUAUCGAAGACACAAGGUUUAAAAAUGACCGCUUCAAUCCAAGUCCUUUUAUUCAAGUCAUGCAAAUAAUUGACCAAAAAUAUCCUGGUACAGAAAAAGGUGAUUUAUUAAUUUUCCUUAGUGGAAUGAGUGAAAUAACUGCAGUGGUGGAUGCAGCAAAAGAAUAUGCUAAAAAAAAAAAUAAUUGGAUUAUUUUACCACUCCACAGUACACUAUCGAUUGCAGAACAAGACAAAGUUUUCGAUUAUCCUCCAGAAGGUGUAAGGAAAUGUAUUGUUUCGACCAACAUUGCAGAGACAUCAAUCACCAUUGAUGGCAUAAGAUUCGUAGCAGACAGUGGGAAAGUCAAAGAAAUGAGCUAUGAUUCUGUAUGUAAAAUGCAGAGGCUCAAGGAAUUCUGGAUUAGUAAAGCAAGUGCAGAACAGAGAAAAGGAAGAGCAGGAAGAACAGGACCAGGUGUUUGUUACAGAAUUUAUUCUGAAGAAGAAUACAAUGCAUUAGAUAAAUAUUCAACUCCAGAGAUUCAACGAGUUCCUUUAGAUUCUCUUUUACUACAAAUGAUGGCAAUGGGUUUACCAGAUGCUCGCAAAUUUCCAUUUAUUGAACCACCACCAUCAGAAAGUAUUGAAAAUUCGAUUUUAUCUUUGAAAGAACAUGGAGCUUUGACAGAAAAUGAAAAACUUACUUGUAUUGGAAAAACUCUUUCAAAACUUCCUGUUGAUAUUACGAUAGGAAAAAUGUUAAUUAUGGGAUCAAUUUUUCAUCAAGUAGAGCCAGUUUUAUCACUUGCAGCAGCUCUGAGCACUCAAAAUCCUUUUACAAAUAGAGCUUUUAAAGAUUCUGAAUGUGAAACAUCUCGAAAAAGUCUUGAAUCAGAUCAUGGAGAUCCUAUUACGUUGUUAAAUGCUUAUAGAGAAUGGCUGGAAGUAAAACAAGUAAGCAGUCAAGAUUAUAAAGAACGUAACAGCAGUAAAAAAUGGUGUAAAAGACGUGGAUUAGAGGAGCAGCGAUUUUAUGAGAUGACUAAGCUAAGGACUCAGUUUAAUGAUCUUUUGAAAGAUUGCAAUUUAUUAAAAACCCUUUCCGAACCUAAUUCAUCAAUGACUAGUACAGAAAGAACUAUGAGACAUAGAGAAAUAAAAAUUUUAAAAUCUCUCAAGAGAACUUACAAAGAAACUGCUCCAAAAAAACGAAAACAAUUAAAAGUAGAUGACUUUAAUUUGCAGCUUGAAAAAGAAGAUGAUGAAGAGAUUGAUAUUAAAGACGUGGAAUUCCGAAUGAGAAAUGAUUAUUCACAAGUUCAAAAUUUAUUGAACGCAAGCACUGCUUGUAGUUACAAAGAUUUAACAAUGUUAAAAUUAAUUUUAUGCAGUGGACUUUAUCCUCAAUUCGCUAUAGCAGAUGAAUUUAAUUACUGUAAAUCCGUUAAUGAACAAUUAUUUCAUACAAAAGCAAAGCCCUUUGUUGCUCUUCAUCCCAUGAGCUUCUUUGGAAAUCAUCCACAGGUUUUACAACUUGAAGAGCCAGAUAUUGUCAAUAUUCCUGGAUAUAAAUCUAAAACUCCACUGAGUUCAAAACAUCAGUUACUCACAUAUUUAUCUCUUCUUGAAACUACAAAGCCUUAUCUAGUCAAUACACUUCGAAUGCCGGCAGCACAAACAUUGUUGCUUUAUGCUCAAGAAAUUGACACGAAUGGUAUUUUUUCAUUGAUUGUUUGUGACUGUUGGUUGAUGCUAGAAUUUCCAAUACCUGACAGUGGUCAGAAUUUAUUAUUAAAAGCUACGAAAAUUCGACAGAAAUGGGAUUUACUUCUUGCGAAACAGUUGGGAAAAUCAACACCAAUAUCAGAAGGUCAAGAAGUUGAUGAAGAAAACUUAAGUGAAUUAGAGUAUGAACUUAGUCAUGAACUCAUUGAAUUUAUGCAUACCACAGUUCCAUACACAAUUAAAAGGCUUUUAGCAGCUGAUUUAAAGAAUAUUUAUGUUGGUGAAGGAUAUAAUGAUUCAAUUAUUAAUCCUAAUCCUUUUCAAGAUGAUUUCCCUUGUGUCGUUAAUUCAAUUAAAGGUGGUGUAAAACUUACGAAUAAUAUUACAUAUAACUGCCUGAUGGAAAAUGAAUGGAGUGAUAAACUGAUUGUUGAAAUGGCAGAAACUCCAUGGAAGUGUUCUAAAUGUGAUUGUGAAAUGAUUAUGUCAAGUAUGGAAAAGUUACUCCAUCAGAGAUCAUGUAAUUUAUUGAAUGGUGAAAAAAUUGAAAAGACUGAGAAAAAAAUUGUUAGGAAACCAAACUCUAAAGCCUAUGAAUGCCCUGAUUGUAAAGAAACUUUGUAUCUUACCCCUGUAGAAAUACUUAAACAUAAAAAGAAACAUUUUAACCCAUGUUAAAUCAAUACUAUAAUAUAUUUUAUAAACAUUAGUUUAUUUAUUUAUAAAAACAUAAGACUGAAAUCAAAGUAAAUGUUUAGAAUUUAGUUUAUUAAAAUUUACAAAGUUAAAUAUUACAAAAAUACAUUAAAUAUUAUUAAGUAUUUCUUUGACAUGUA